AUGAAACUCGGUCUUCUCCUCUCCGCCGUAACCGCUGUAUCAGCCUGGUCAGUGACAUUCCACGACCACGAUCAAUGCGCCGGCGGUUCAACAUUUCACUACGGCGGUGGCUCCAACACCGGAAUCGAACAUCUCGCCCAGUGCUUCACCAUGACGAGCAUCAAUAGGAGAUACUCCAACUACGACGCAAAGAGCGUUAAUAUCGUGUUUGGAGGCUGCACGAUCGACAUCUUCACGGAUCGACUUACGCGGCCUGGACUUGCUGGAUGCGUGGCAUCUAUUAGCGAUCCUACUAACUGGCAACGUGUUGAUCAGGUCCAGGACGGAUGUAUUAUCGAGCUCUAA